ACCGCCACUAUCAGACCGGACCUCUACUAGGUUUUUUUUUCUUUGGUCCCUUUUGCUUUCUUUCACCUUUCUCGCUCCCCACCCUCAAGGCUCGAUUCUUUUCCUGCCUUUCUUCCUCUCCGCGCAAACCGACCUCCUCUCCUUUUCAUUUCUUUUUCUGCCUGGUCGGAUCCUUUUUUUUGACUUGGGCCCCUCACUUGCGACCCGAGUGCGGCUGUAUCGAGAUUCUUUCAAAACGACAGAGAUAAGACUGGCAUCAUGACUUCCGUCGUCGGUGUCGAUUUCGGAACCCUCAAGACGGUGAUUGCUGUCGCGAGAAAUCGUGGUGUCGAUGUGAUCACCAAUGAAGUCUCCAACAGAUCCACACCAUCUCUGGUAGGAUUUGGACCCAAAUCACGCUACCUCGGCGAGGCGGCCAAGACCCAGGAGAUUUCCAACCUCAAGAACACCGUCAAUUGCCUCAAGCGUAUUGCCGGCCGCUCCUUCAACGAUCCCGAUAUCCAGAUCGAGCAGCAAUAUGUCACCGCACCCCUCGUUGACGUCAACGGACAGGUUGGCGCUGAGGUCAACUAUCUCGGCAACAGCGAGAAGUUCACGGCAACCCAGCUCGUUGCCAUGUACCUGAGCAAGAUCAAGCAGACUACCGCCAACGAGCUGAAGCUGCCCGUUGCCGACCUUUGCUUGAGUGUCCCUGCUUGGUUCACGGACUCUCAGCGCAGAGCUCUUCUGGAUGCUGCCGAGAUUGCUGGCCUCAAGGUCCUCCGCCUCAUGAACGACACAACUGCUGCUGCCCUUGGCUGGGGUAUCACCAAGCUUGACCUCCCUGCUCCCGAGGAGAAGCCCCGCCGCGUGUGCUUCAUCGACAUUGGCCACAGCAACUUCACCUGCUCCAUCGUCGAGUUCAAGAAGGGUGAGCUGGCUGUCAAGGCCACCGCCUGGGACCGCAACUUUGGUGGUCGAGACUUUGACAAGGCCCUUGUGGACCACCUGGCCAAGGAGUUCAAGGGCAAGUACAAGGUUGACAUCAACACUCACGGCAGAGCCAUGGCCCGUACCAUUGCUGCCGCUGAGAAGACGAAGAAGAUCCUCUCUGCUAAUCAGCAGGCCCCCGUCAACAUCGAGUCCCUGAUGAACGACGUGGAUGCCUCCGCCAUGGUUACUCGACAGGAGUUCGAGGCCAUGGUUGAGCCUCUGCUGGCUCGUGUUCACGUGCCUCUUGAGCAGGCCCUUGCCCAGGCCAAGCUCACCAAGGACGAUAUCGACGUUAUCGAGAUCGUUGGUGGUGGAUCUCGAGUCCCUGUGCUCAAGGAGCGCAUCCAGGCCUUCUUCGAGAAGCCUCUUUCAUACACCAUGAACGCCGACGAGGCUGUUGCCCGAGGCUGUGCCUUCAGCUGCGCCAUCCUGUCUCCGGCUUUCCGAGUUCGUGACUUCACCGUUCAGGAUAUCAUUAGCUACCCCAUUGAGUUUGGAUGGGAGAAGGCUCCUGAUAUUCCCGAUGAAGACACCAGCUUGACCGUCUUCAACAAGGGUGGUGUCCUGCCUUCCACCAAGAUCCUCACAUUCUACCGCAAGCAGCCCUUUGACUUGGAGGCCCGCUAUGCAAACUCUGAAGAGCUUCCUGGCAAAACGAACCCUUGGAUUGGCCGCUUCUCUGUGAAGGGCGUCAAAGCCGAUGGCAAGGAAGACUUCAUGAUUUGCAAGCUCAAGGCCCGAGUCAACAUUCACGGUGUGCUGAAUGUCGAGAACGGCUACUACGUCGAGGACCAAGAGGUCGAGGAGGAGGUCAAGGAUGACGACAAGAAGGAGGACGACAAGAAAGAUGCCGAUGCUAUGGAUACCGAUGGCACAAAGACUCGUAAGGUCAAGAAGCAGGUCCGAAAGGGCGAUUUGCCCAUUGCUAGCGGCACUGCAUCACUGGAUGCUAGCUCAAAGACCGCUUUGACCGAGAAGGAAUCCGCCAUGGUUAUGGAGGAUAAGCUUGUUGCUGAUACCGAGGAGAAGAAGAACGAGCUCGAGGCCUACAUCUACGAUCUCCGAGCCAAGCUUGAUGAGCAGUACGCCGACCUCUCCAGCGAGGACGAGAAGUCUGCCAUCCGAGCUAAGCUCGAGUCCACAGAGG